AUGCCGUGGCUUAAACGCCUCAAUCUGAUGAUCAACUGGGAAACUGGUGACUUUUGGUUUGGUAAAGACGCCAAAUGGCCACCGAAACCCACCGUCGAAGAUGCACCAGAUGAAGAAGUUUCGAUUUUCAAGGAAGAUGGACUCCUAGAGUUAAUCACCACCGAAACUUCCCCUACCUCGUUUGGGCAUUCGGAAUCUAUCAGAGAAAUCAUGGCCGAUAACACUGAGCAUGACGAGUUACCCGCAGUGCGGAAUGAUACCGAACCAGAUGACCCACCAUCAGAACCCCCUAUGGAUCAGCUCGAUGAUGACGAUCUAGUUAUCUCCUAG